GGCAAGGCAGUCUCCCAACCAAGAACAAUCUGAAAACCCACCCCAUAAUAUUUAAAAGCUGGGACAAAGAAGCGUCAGGACGAAGCUGCUUCCAUUGCAAAACGUCAGCGCAGCCUCCCGAGCGGUCCGCCGCCAGAGUCUGGAGCAGCCCCUUUAAAAAAGCGGAGUACAGUAUUGGGAUUUUUGAAAACUGAAACCUAGAAACAGAAUCGAAGCGGAAACCAGAAGGAAAGCCUUGAACUCCUCCAGACAAUUGCUUCCGGGGAGUUCCAGGAGCGCGAGGGGGAAUAAAGGGCCCGCGAGCAGGGCCCCUCGGAUGGCGCGUCCCUGAGGGUCCAGACGAAUUCGAGGCGCGUGGGAAGCAGAGGUCCCUACCCUCUCCCUGGGCUGCAGGUCAUGGCCACCGUGGAGCAGAAAGCCCUCGGCAUUGGCUUCAAGUGUCUCUCCUUGGCCACUUUUGUGCUCAUCUGCGCCGGGCAAGGGGGACGCAGGGAGGAAGGGGGUCCAGCCUGCUACGGGGGAUUUGACCUGUACUUCAUUUUGGACAAAUCAGGAAGUGUGCUGCACCACUGGAAUGAAAUCUAUUACUUUGUGGAACAGUUGGCUCAUAAAUUCAUCAGCCCACAGCUAAGAAUGUCUUUUAUUGUCUUCUCUACUCGAGGAACAACCCUAAUGAAGCUGACAGAAGACAGGGAACAGAUCCGUCAGGGCCUAGAAGAACUCCAGAAGGUCCUGCCGGGAGGAGACACUUACAUGCAUGAAGGAUUUGAAAGGGCCAGUGAGCAGAUUUAUUAUGAAAACAGUCAAGGAUACAGGACGGCCAGCGUCAUCAUUGCUUUGACGGAUGGGGAACUCCAUGAAGACCUCUUUUUCUAUUCAGAGAGGGAGGCUAACAGAUCCCGAGAUCUUGGUGCAAUUGUUUACUGUGUCGGUGUGAAGGAUUUCAAUGAAACACAGCUGGCCCGAAUUGCGGACAGUAAGGACCAUGUGUUUCCUGUAAAUGACGGCUUUCAGGCUCUGCAAGGCAUCAUCCACUCGAUUUUGAAGAAGUCCUGCAUCGAAAUUUUAGCAGCUGAACCAUCCACCAUAUGUGCUGGAGAAUCAUUCCAAGUGGUUGUGAGAGGAAACGGCUUCCGGCAUGCCCGAAACGUGGACAGGGUCCUCUGCAGCUUCAAGAUCAACGAGUCAGUCACGCUCAAUGAGAAGCCCUUCACUGUGGAAGAUACUUAUUUGCUGUGUCCAGCACCUAUCUUAAAAGAAGUUGGCAUGAAAGCAGCGCUUCAGGUCAGCAUGAACGAUGGUCUCUCUUUCAUCUCCAGUUCUGUCAUCAUCACCACCACACGCUGUGUGGACAAGAACUAGCAGGCAUGCACUGAAGCCAGACAAAAUAAAAAUGAGUCAUCUCAUAAAUGAGCAGGAGAUCCGGCCUCCGGAUGGACAGUCUUCCCUCCCAACUUGCCCCUCUGCCCGCCUCCCACAACAUACAUUUCCAUCCUGUGUUAGGAGCAAACCAGUUUUCUUAAAAGCAGGCUAAGCCAGUGCAAAGGGUAUGGAAAAUGGAAAAGUUUUACUUUUCUUUUUUAAUGUUUUAUUUACUUUUGAGAGAACACAAGUGAGGGAGGGACAGAGAGAGAGGGGCAGAGGAUCUGAAGUGGGUUCUGUGCUGACAGCAGCAAGCCUGAUGUGGGGCUUAAACUCAUGAACUAUGAGACCAUGACCUGAGCUGAAGUCAAACACUCAACCAGCUGAGCCACCCAGGUGCCCCAAUGGAAAAGUUUUACUGGACCAAAGUAAGAAAUUAGGGUUGUCACAGAAAAGUGUCACCACUGAGAAAUGUCUGAGUCUCAGACACCCCUCAGUGGAACAUCAAAUCUGGAAACCAAAUAUGAAAACUUUCUGGAGAAGCAGUGAAAUUUCAAGUGUACCCGCCUGCUUCUUUUAAAAAUUGACCCUUCUGGAACUUGCCAACCUGCAGGAAAUGAUUAAAAUACCCCAAACCUAACAACUCCAUUCCAGAUUCCUCCCUGCUUUGGAGUGAUCCAGCAGUUUGGGCCUGCAUUUCUCAUUAUGUCUGACCAUACCACAGAGAAACAGCCAUGCCCUUAAGGCCACAAGGGCAUGAGGAGGCGGAAGGGAAACAUCUCAGGACCAAACUUGUGGUAUGGCAGAUAUAGGACUAUGACUGAUGGCUUAAGCCCUGGGCCUGUAAGCCAAGAAGAAAGGGUGUCCUCUAAUGUACUGAAAAAUGAAAAGAGCUCAGAGCCAAGUCCCCUCUACCUUCCCAUCCCACUCCAGCCUUCAUUUACAUCUUAUAUCUCCCUUACCUGAGUGCUCAUCGCUCAGUUUUCUGCUCAGUUGACCCGUGAUAAACACCACCCCAUCACAUCUUAUGUGCUAUUGCCCUUCUCACAUGAAAAUGCUAUAUGUCUACAACAAAAUUAUGAACACCCUAAGAUUUGAGAUCCAGGACCAUUCAUUCAUUUAUUCAACAAAUAUUCAUUGAUCAUGUAUAACAUGCCAGGCACUGUCCUGCGUAUCUAAGUUGACUUUCACUGUCAAUUAGUUGUGUGGCCUUGACCAAGUGAUUUAGCCCCUUUGUGCAUCAAUUCCCUAAUCUGUAAAAUUGGAAUAAUACUACUUUAUCACUCUUAGCAGCAUCAUGAAUAUUAAAUGAAAUGAAUGCAGAAGGCCUGGCUCGUAGUAAGUGCUUAAUAAAUGUUAGCUGCUGUUCUAGUGGAAGCUGAGUUAAAAUUAUUGAACUCUUUUGGAAAUUCUCUCCAGAGAGUUGGCUCCCACUUCAGAGUCCCAUAAUAAUAAAGGAACUCUUCUUAGAUAAGAUGGAUCCCUAGGGGUAUAUGUCUGUUACUCAGCCAAGUGCAGGUGAUUGAAAGGAGUUAGGCAAGAUGGUCAAAAUCAUCCAGAGAAGGAAAUGGACCUAUAUUCAAACAUAAAACCCCCAUCCCCAGCAGGACCCUACACAGAAGCUCCAAUUAAAAAGACUGAAGCCACCUCUGGGCAAAACAGAGAUGCAGGUGGAACGUGUGGUCAUCCAGAAUAUGAAGUAAGGUCUUGGACUUGACGUUUGUUUCUUCAGCAGCUGGUUUGGAGGACAAGGUUUUUAGAUCAGAAGUGAUCCCCUGAGUCUGAGUAAAGGGUUAGUCCUGUCUGUGCCAGUCACAGCCUGCCCAGCCCAUCACCUGGAACCAAAAAUAAUUCUAAAAUAUGUAGUUGAGUCUUUUCUUUUCUCGCUUUAUUUGGUGCCCAUUUGGAUAACCAUGCCACAGUUUUCAAGAUCCACAAUGAAUAACUGUUGCCCCUGCCAGGAGCAGAAAUUCCAUGAAGUUUUACAGGAAAGAGUUUUUUCCAUCCAAGAGCUAAAAGAUUCCUAUACAAAUGGUAAACUUUACUGAGCUCCGGGACUCUAGAAAAUGGUUUAACAUCCAAAGUCCUCUUUCACCAGCAUAUGUGAAUACAUCCCCUUUCUUCCCCAACCUCUAGCAGUUGGGAGGGGAGGAUCACUACUAUGGUGCUGCUUUAGGAGAAAUAGUUAAAAGAAGUUUGUCCUUUUUAGAGCAGAGCAAGCAAAUGUUAGCCCCUUAAAGAAGUGUUCAUUAAAGAUUGUCCUCAUUUAGAUAAAUGCCUUCAAAUUUGAUGAUUUCCCAACCAAAGUGUAUAAAAAUCAGAAUCAUUCAACAAGUAUUUCUUGACUUCCUACUGUGUCAUCAGUGUUCCAUUUACUUUUACAACAUUGCUACUCUUAAGGAGCUUAAAAUCCAAUUGGAGAAAGGAGCCCAACAAACACGUAAAAGAACAUGUGAAUAAAGAACAAAAUUGUGUGAGCCAGGUGUAAAUGCAAUAGAAUUUCAGAGCGGGGAACAAGGAGUGAAUUCAGGAAGAGACACAAGGGCUUCACGGAGGAGACAACCCAAGUGGGGACUUGAAAAUGCUAAUUUCAGUUUGUGAAGGUGGGAAAAGGCCAUCCACUAAACAGAAUCCAAUCUGAGCAAGGACUAGAUAUGUCUAUGAGCACAGUUUGUUUGUGGUCCCUCUAGGGACCAUUAACUCUUUUUCUCUUUUUCUCUCAUUUUGUAUCAGUUUCUGGUGCCUUCUGAUUUGGGGCCGUUUCUCAGGUUGGCAACCAUUUUCCCGGGAUGCCCUAGUUCACACAGUAUGUACAAUGAGGCCCAGCUGAUGCUCCUCCCUAUUAACUAUGAUCAGGCUUUGACUUGUGUUGGUUUCCAGUGUAUUAGAGCAUCACCAUCUUUGAAGAAAGGAAAGAGACAGAACAUAAAGUUCUAAAAUCAACACUAAAUCAGCCGAGAACCCUGCCUUUUCCCCCACUAACUUAUAUGGAAAACAGCCUGGCUUCAAGGGGCAGCAAGGUUGAGCAAAUUUGAGAGGACCCAUGUCAAGUCACUGUUCAGAGAAAUUCUUUUCGAAUGAAAAUUAAAAUGCCACCUAUUCAGCCUUGAGAGAUCACAACCAGAACAACUGCUUUGUAAUUGUAGCACAAUGGAGGAAUAAAGAAUACAGGAUAUUGAGUCAAAGUCCUAAUUUCGAAUCCCAGCCCCUCCACCUUGUAGGGUGAUCUUGGGCACAUUUGCCUGAGCUUGUCUCUGAGCCUGUCUGGCAUGGUUGUUGCAAAGAUUAAAGGCAAAGUGUAUAAGGGGCUUAAGGUACCUGGUAAUAAGUCAAAGAAUGACAGUCGUUUACUAGUUUAUUGAGAUUGUCUUUAUUUGCCAAGUAAAAGUCUAAUGGCCUGUCUCAUUGAAAGAUUUGCUGCUCAUGCCCUGCAGAAUAUAAACAGGCAAUGUUUCCCUGAUGAAAAGUUAUGAUUCCUUUUGGGUCUAUGAUAAGCGUGUAAUCUAGGAAGAGGCUAGGGAAAACUUUGAAGAUGUUGCCUGCAGGCUAACUAGGGGAAACACCAGUAAAUUAGAUCUGGUGGUAAGUCAAAUAGGAUUAGGUUGCAGUCUCUUCACCAUUUUUGAAAAAAGAUUUUCUCAGUAAAUGAAUCAUGUAAAUAGUAACAUAAGGGGAAUGUUUAGAGCAUUUCAAAGAAUGAAUUGAAACAACUAUUUCAUAAGGUUUAUUCAUUAUUACCAAGUAAAAACUAUUAUCAUUUAAAAUGUUCUAUCACGCCGAGCAUGUUGGGGGGCAUUUUAUCAGAGGAGGUAACAUUUCAUGCAGAAGAGAAACACAGCUUCAAGAGGCAUUUCACAACAGACUGAAACUUCCAGUGUUCUCCGAAAUAGCCCCAACUCACCAUGGUUUGGGAGUAUGGUUUGGUUUCUAUGAGGAUGAACAGGAUAUUAACUUAUUUCCCAAGGAUUUUUUGAACCAUUUUAUCCUUCAUAUUUUCAUGAAUUCACACUUUUCUUUCUGAAGCUAGUAGUAUUUUUCUACUUAUAUUUGUUUGAAAGAGAGAGACAUCAACAAUGCACAGGAGGGCCCCCACCCAUGACAAAAAAUUAUCUUGUCCAAAAUGUCAAUCUAAAGAAUCAGAAUUUCUUGGAGAGAGCCCAGGAUUCUGCAUUCUUUUUUUUUUAAGUUUAUUUAUUUAUUUUGUAAGAGAGGGAGCAAGAGAGAGCAUGAGCAGGGGAGGGACAGAGAGAGAGGGAGAGAGGAUUCCAAGCAGGCCCUGCACUGCUAACGCAGACUCCAACGCAGGGCUUGAUCUCACAAACUGUGAGAUCAUGACCUAAGCCAAAAUCAAGAGUCAAACACUUAAGCAACUGAGCCACCCAGGCGCCCCCAGGAUUCUGCAUUCUAAUAAGCUUGCCAGGUAAAUCUUGAACACACAGGACUCUUACAUUAUACUUACCUGACACUAAUUGUCCUCCAAAGUUUAAAAAAAUCAUUAAAAUCUAUUUAAGAAAAAUGAUUUAUUCUCUUGAUUCACUCCCAAUCCCAUUCAUUUAAGAAUCCCAAGAUUUUAAAAUCAGACCCUCUGUUUUAUGUUGCUUCUUUUGGACAAUAUUUUCUGGUAUAAAAAUAGGAAUUUGCUGAAAAGGAUAAUUUUAGCUCAAUGUGACCAGUCUAGGAUCUUCUCCCUUUUGGGUUGCCAGGCACAGACUAUAAAACUUUGUCUCCAAAUGCCCCUUUCCCAUGUUCCAAGUCUUCCCUUUGUUUCCACCUCUCACACUAAGGCUUAGGGAGCCACAGACUUGGCUUCUUAUUUCAGGAAGAGAGAACCCAGUUAGCCUCAGUAUUGUUUUUAACACUGAAUGGCUCCCAAUGUCUCACGAGAAAGUGGGCCUCCAACUGCCAAACAGAGAUAGAUUAUAAGUUUGGAAACAAGUGAAGACUUGAAGUAAAACAAACAAAACAAACAAAAAACUCACAGACAUUGGAAAGAAUAAUUGUCUCCCAUGCACAGCAUAGCACAUGUGCUUCUUGAGGAAAAAAAGCAAAGAUUGUGUCUUGUUUGCCAUUGCAACCCAGCACCUGGCACAAUGCCUGCACAUAGUAUUCAGCAGAUAGUUGAUGGUUGAAUGAAUGAAUGGACUCAAUCAAGGGUCAUACUGAGAUCAUGAUGGUACCUGAUGGUAGGAGAGAAAGGGAGCCAGAACACAGCAGUAUUAGAACAGGGAGCACUGAGUUGGUUGAAAGAUAGUUCAACAAAGAGGAUGGCCAGCCAAGGAGCAUGGUGCAGGAUGCACAUCCAAGGAGCAUGGGGAGCUUGAGCAUGAUUUAAGAGGGACAAAUCUAUCAGCUGAGAAACUACAACCAGUGAUUCCAGACAGGGCAAUAGUCAAAGACCUCCUCAGAACAGCACCAGCUCCACUAGGAGCAGACUCUUGUCAGGGUGCACAGACCUGGAGAAGGGGUCUAGAAAUAGCCUUUUCAACUGGAUCAAGAUUCAGGCAGGCCUCCAAUGCAUGAAGGUGUAUAGCACCAGGCUGGAAGCAAGGCAGAAACAUAGAGACUGAUACAGAAUCUAGGUAGCUACAUUUUUUUAAUUAUUAUUUUGUUUUUUAUUUUUUAAAAUUUACAUCCAAAUUAGUUAGCACAUAGUGAAACAAUGAUUUCAGAACUAGAUUCCUUAAUGCCCCUUACCCAUUUAGCCCAUCCCCCCUCCCACAACCCCUCCAGUAACCAACUGUUUGUUCUCCAUAUUUAUGAGUCUCUUCUGUUUUGUCCCCCUCCCUGUUUUUGUAUUAUUUUUGUUUCCCUUCCCUUAUGUUCAUCUAUUUUGUCUCUUAAAGUCCUCAUAUGAGUGAAGUCAUAUGAUUUUUGUCUUUCUCUGACUGACUGAUUUCACUGAGCAUAAUACCCUCCAGUUCCAUCCAUGUAGUUGCAAAUGGCAAGAUUUCAUUCUUUUUGAUUGCCGAGUAAUACUCCAUUGUAUAUAUAUACCACAUCUUCUUUAUCCAUUCAUCCUCGAUGGACAUUUGGGCUCUUUCCAUACUUUGGCUAUUGUUGAUAGUGCUGCUAUAGACAUGGGGGUGCAUGUGUCCCUUCGAAACAGCACACCUUUAUCCUGUGGAUAAAUACCUAGUAGUGAAAUUGCUGGGUCAUAGGGUAGUUCUAUUUUUAGUUUUUUGAGGAACAUCCAUACUGUCUUCCAGAGUGGCUGCACCAGCUUGCAUUCCCACCAACAAUGCAAAAGAGAUCCUCUUUCUCUGCAUCCUCGCCAACAUCUGUUGUUGCCUGAGUUGUUAAUGUUAGCCAUUCUGACAGGUGUAAGGUGGUAUCUCAUUGUGGUUUUGAUUUGUAUUUCCCUGAUGAUGAGUGAAGUUGAGCAUUUUUUCAUGUGUUGGUUGGCCAUCUGGAUGUCUUCCUUGGAGAAGUGUCUAUUCAUGUCUUUUGCCCAUUUCUUCACUGGAUUUGUUUUUUUGGGUGUUGAGUUUGAUAAGUUCUUUAUAGAUUUUGGAUACUAACCCUUUAUCUGAUAUGUCAUUUGCAAAUAUCUUCUCCCAUUCUGUCGAUUGCCUUUUAGUUUUGCUGAUUGUUUCCUUCACUGUGCAGAAGCUUUUUAUUUUGAUGAGGUCCCAGUAUAGGUAACUACAUUUGUUAAGUCCAAGGAACACAAAGAUAUGAAACAUGGGAAAUAGACAAGUCUGGAAGGAAUCGCAAUUUAAUGUGAUAAGUUCUCUAAUAGACAAUUUAGCAAUGAAGUAGAGUGUCUAGGAAAUCCACAAACAGAAGAGAUAAUAAGUGAACUCAGUCAGGAGAGAGUAGGCAUGGGCAAAGGCAUGCUUUGGGCCACCAUGGCUGUGAUUGGUUGGGAUGGGGUAUUAGAAGAACAGGUCAGAGAUGAAACAACUGGGCCCAGUUGGAAAGGCCUUCCUUAUCUGCCAUAGUUUGGAGUUUCUUUAAUAUUUAAUUUAAACAUUAUAUGUGAUGCAGUUUUCAUGUUAAUUUCCAGUCUUUCCUAAUUCAAGAAAUAAAAACCUCUUAUCUUCAGAAAAAAAAAAAA